AUGGAUGAAGAGAAGAGAUUACGAUCCCAGUUACGCGGGAAGCUGUGGUUCUAUGUGGAAUCGAUUAUCAAAAGAGAACUACCAGAAGAUGUAAAAUACAAUUCAAAAUAUGUCAACACUCUUACUGAACUGGUUUACCAGCAGAUAUGUGAGGUUGGUGGUGAUUUGGAAGCUUUUGCCCAACAUGCUAACAGAAAUGUUGUUACGUCUGAAGAUAUGUUACUACGAACAAGGAAGAACAAGGAUCUACAAGAUUUUUUGAAACUACGACUAAUGGAACUACGAGAUGCUAACGUAGGACGACAGAGUAAAAGGUGA